AUGUCUUUGCAGCUCGACAUGGCUGAACACGAACGACGGCUAGUAUCGACACUGACCAAGCGAAACGGUGAGCCUUUGUCAGGCCCAGCUGGUACGGAUGUCUCGGCACAACCUGUCUCUCAAGAUGGGCCCCAGACCACUAAGCCUGGAAGGCGACGACGCGCCGCCGAACCGAAGAAUAAAUUACCCAAGGCCCAACACUUCUACUUUGUCGACCGGAACUCGUCAUCCAAAGAAAAGCGCGCUCAUGUUAUGCGUCACCAUGUACAGGAGAAAAGGAAACAGCGCAAAAUGUCGCAUGAAAUACCCUCCACACAGCCAAUCACGAAUUCUACACCAUGCCCGAUAGAUGAAUCCACACGAAUCGUUCAGGGGCCUCCACCGGUGUCGGUCUCGACAGCUGUACACAAACCCCCUAACGGCGAUACUUCGCUCCAAAUCAUGUGUCCGAGCAUGAAAUCGCAAUCUCACCCUUCUCUGCCACAACACAUUGGCUCUCCAAUCACGAUAAUGGAUGCCUCUCGCAAGGAUCCGUUCUCUAGUCUGCCGAUCGAAUCCCACACUAUGGAUCAUGAAUUGGCCGACUAUUGGAGGAACAAGUUGUCGUACUGGUCCGGACAAAACCUCCACGUAAAGAAUCAGAUCUUUCGCACGGCUAUGGGACAUCCUCUCUCCUUCGAAGCAGUAGUCCUUUCAUACUGUGCACGGUGGAAAGCGCAGCUAUACGAUUUACCCGACAGUUGGGAAAUCCAAACCCACGUGGGCCAUGCCGCGAAGUCCGUUGAAGAAGCCUUCUCAGGCUCGGCGCCAGUCAACACGGGUGUCUUGGCAAUGUCAUUUGGCGGAAUGGCCCUGCACGAAGGACGCUUCGGGAGCAAGCAACUGGCCCAGACGUAUAUCGACCGCGCGGUUCAGCUCAUGCGUCCACGCACAGGAGCCAAUCGGCCCGUCGAAGUCUUCAUACACUACAUUAGAUACCUUAUGAUGCCCCCAAACCCCGAGAUGACUCCGACCGAUCACCAAUGGCUGCUCACCUUUCUGCGUGGAUCCGAAGACCUCAUGCGCCGACACAGCACCCCUGAAUACCUCUCCCAAGUACCCAGUCGGGCUCAAGCGUUCCAAAUGCAAAGUCCGCUAUUCUCUCUCCUGUCCAAUGGGCCACGUCCCUCCCAGGUUCCGCAAGAGUCGCGCGUCUAUGUGGUUCGAGACGCGCAUACCCAAGAGGUCAGCCAAACGGCGGCCCUCAUCUAUAUCACGGCGAUGCUGUGGGAAUAUCAGGAAAACCCUGAUAAGACAGCUCGAUUUCUCCAAUAUCUCAACACGGCGGUCAAACUCCACCAUCUCGAUCGGGACCCGGCGUGCGAAACCCUUCUGUGGUUACUGCUAGAGGAAGGGUAUGACUCCGAUCUACGAGACCCUGAACGCGGAUGGUCUACUGGCGCGCUUCUCAAGGUGCACAAAACGCUUCGGCCGGAACUUCAGUUCCACUUCAAUGAGAUUCUUAUGAGUUUCCUUUCUUUGUCGACACCUGUUCGUGGUAUCGACUUUUUCGAAAAGGAGCUUCUACGUGGUAAACCUAGUUAUCAAUGA